AUGGCUUUCCUGAGCAGGAAUGUCGGCUUGAUUCUGCUGCUAGCCCUAGUGUUGUUCACUGCUCGAGCACAUGCAUUCGGAGCGGGAAACAUCGCUUCCAUCUCAUCUGUUGAGGGCAAGAACUGGCGUCAUGGAGACAUCGAGGAUGUGCUCAAGACUAUUGCUUGCAUCAAGCACCACAAAUGGAAUACCAUGAUGAUCAAGCGGGUUUACUUUGGGAAUUGGCUUAGGGACUACAGUCAGGCUAUGGACACAGCGGCGCUGAAAAAGGCACAGCCAGAGACGAUCCGUAUUCUCGUAUGGUUGCUGUCCUUCCUCGGAUUUGGUUAUGCUACGGCAGAGUUUGAAGUCACCUCUGAAAGACUUGGUGUCUAUCGACCGGAGGAACACAUCGACAACCCAAAAGACUACAAUGAGAACGAGGAUGCUCGACCAUAUGACGCUCGACUGCGUGCCCCUGUCCGUGAGAUCGAAUUACAAAUCGACCCUGAGACUGGCAUGAAGAACUACAUCGCAAAUGGCAAAGGAGACUGGGCCACAAGCACGGCGUACGUGAAGUACAGUUUCGAACGGAGUAUCCAUCACGGCCGUCUCUACAUGAACGGAUCCAGCUUCUUCAAGGGCAAAGAUGCAGAUCUUGCAGAGGCAUUGAGAUGUCUCGGUCAAGGCCUGCAUACAUUGGAAGACUUUGGUGCUCAUACAAAUUACGUUGAGCUUGCAUUGAGAGAACUGGGCUAUCACAACGUCUUUCCUCACGUGGGAACAAACACAAUGAUCAAUCUCCAUGGCAAGCAGGUAUACCCUCUUGUCACAGGGACAUUUGGAACAGUGGAUUUCUACCACUCUGUGCUCGGAGAGGCUACCGACCACUUCACACAGAGCGAAGUCAAUGAGAUGGACGAUGCUCUGGGAACAGCGCAGCAAGCGGCACAUUCGUCAAAUCCCUUAUUUACACUUGUGAAGCUUCUUUCGAAGGUUCCAGGCACCAGGGAGCUCUGUGAUGAAGCAGAACAGCUUCAGGCAAGUUCUCAAGCACAAGCUCGCUCCUUGGGUGGGCAAGAUCUCGGUGCGCAAGGAGCCUUCAGAGGUGCAGAUGAUUUUGGUGGCUCAACUCGUGGGUUCAACGAUUGGGACACCAGCCGAGCUUCUCAGCCUGGUUUUCCUCCUCAAUAUCAAAGCCAUGAUGCUGGUUCCUGGAAUGCUCCGCAGCAGGACUACCAGCAACAUCAGCAGAGUUGGGGCCCACCGCCGCAUCACCCUCAAUGGCAGGAUCAGGGACCACCGCCGCCAUUCCAGCAACACGAUCAAUUUGGAGGAACACAGAACUGGCAGCACCAACAAGGACCGCCGCCUGGUGCCUGGGACCAACAAUCACAAUCACAGUCAUGGAAUCAGCAGCCUCCCAUUCAGCAUGACCAGCACCAACAGCCUCCUUCGUCAUCCACGGCAUGGGAUCAGCAAGCGCAAACGCAACAACCAAGUCAACAGCCACAUGAGCUGCCAGCGACACAGCAAAGCACAGCGGGUCAGACUACCCAGCAACAGGUCACUGCUCCGGCUGGUCUACCAGGAAUGCCCGAUUUCGACCCAGCCAAGACGAUUGCUCAGAUCUACCCCAUCCUGGUGUUCCGAGACAAAGUGGUUCGCACUAUCAGUGCCAUCAUCGAGAAGAUCCCCGGCCUCGAAGCGUUAGUGGAACGCAUAACCGAGACAUUGACAGUCUUCAUCCUGUCACUUCUCGCGCCCUUCGUCCGUCCAGUCAUAAACGCCAUUUCCAAAACCCUCCAGGUCGGCAGCACAGAAGUCGUCAACUCGUCAGGCCAGCACCAAUAUGAGGUGUGGACCAACGCCAGCAGUUCCGAUCCGACCCACUCCAUGUUGAGUAAAGACCACUUCAGCAACAUCCUCAACGAGCCUGCAGGUCACGUUGCAGCUGAAAUUCUCAAGUUCAUCGCUCCUCGCGUUCUGUACGCCUGGGAACAUCCCAACGUCCCUGUCGACCAAGUCAUGCGUGAUGUUGAGGGUAUCUUCCACCAUCCUGCAAUUCGGAACGAAAGUCUCGAAGUGCACCGUAACAUGUUCCGUGCUGUCAAGGACUGGGUUGACCGUAUGCCAGACAGACAGAAACUGAACAAUGUGUUAAGUUCGGAGUCGGUGCGCGCGGGUAAGAACCACAAAGCUGGCGUCAAUCCGCAUACGCAGCAUGGCAAUCAGCAGCAACAGCAACCACAACAGCAGUCCCAAUUUGGUGGACUGGGUGGAUUUGCAAGCUUCCUGCCUGGCCAGCACCAACAGCAACAGGGCGGCCAUUCGAACAAUCCGUUAGGUAUGGUCGGAGAUAUGAUCGGCAACUUCACACACUUGGGAGGUCAACAGAAACCGGCAUCAGGCCAACAGCAACAUGGCGGACUAAGUGACGUCCUCAAUAUUGCUGAGAAGUUGCACGUUCCGGGCGUGCACAAUGUACAGAAAUACUCGAAAUACAUGAGCGGAUUUGGCGGUGGCCAGCGUGGUCUCGAUGACGAUGAUGGUGCCAGUCAGUUCCGAGCCUUCGAAGGAAGCGAGAUGGGCGGGUCGAGAGAGUUGCAGGAGGCUGCGGCUGACGGAGACCGGGCUGCCCAAGACCGGGACCUGGCGUCUCCUAGUCCGAUGCCUAUGCCGGCUCCGGCAGGAUAUGAGCAGUAUGCGACACAAGAUCCAGGAUAUUCGUAUGGCUCUGGCCAAGGUGAGCAGGAUCAGUAUCAAUAUCAGACGAACUACCAGGAUCCGUAUCAGCAGGGAGAUCAUGGCGGCAAUCAAAGCUAUGGUGGAGGUGGCUACUAUGGUGGGCGGUGA